AUGCAAAGAUUUAAGGCAAGAGUCUAAGAGACAUAGCUCAGGAAUAAAGAAGAACUUUUUCUCUUCAAACAUGCUGCCUUAUUGGAGCAUAAAUGGUAUUCAAAUUUCGCAAUUUAUAUCAUUAAAUAGAUAGAUAGACUUCAAGACUUUCACUCUGUUGGAUAUGUGCAUGCUGAUAUUAAACCAGAUAAUGUUUUAAUCGGCUCUAAUAACUAUUUCGACAGAAAAUCCUCUUAUCUAAGUUUAAUAGAUUAUGGAUUAUCAACUCAAUAUCUAUUAGAAAAUGGAACUCACAAGCCUGUAGCUAAAUCUAGUAAAUUUGUUGGAAACGUCGGUUUUGCAAGCAAGCAUUCUUUUAAUUAGAUGGAAGGGGGCCUACCUUGGAUGAAGAACAAUAACAAACCUCUUAAAGAAUAGUAUAAGGAGGUAGGCAAGUUAAAAAACAACAUGACUCCAGAGUAUAUUUUAAAAUUACUGUCACUUGUUAAGAAUGCUUAUACUUUGAAAUAUUCUGAGGAGCCUGAUUAUCAAUGGUACAAGGAUCAAUUCAAUGGUAUUCUAGACUCUCUUGGUGGUAGAUCAAGCUUUUAAUUUGACUGGGUUGAGUAGAAAGUAGAUCUUAAAAAACCAAGCUAAUUCUCACCGAGUCCAGUUAUUGUUGAGUUAUAAAAAAAUUUGUAACUAGAGUAAAGGAGAAUUUCAUAGAUGAAGGUCUCUAAAAAUGCCAAAAAAACUCCUCUUCAUCGAGAAAGUAAAUCGAAUAUUCUGGAAUGUCUUAAUAGCAAUGAAAAUUCCCUCGUAAAGGGCAACAAUACAAUUAAUGAUUAUUAAAUAAAUAAGUAACCUGAAGAGAGUCACUUGCUUAAACCAGACUUCAAAAGAAAAGAAAUGCUAAAGUAUCUGCAAAAAUCUAAUUCACAAAGGCAACUUGACAGCAGUAAAAAACAGAGUUAGCAAGAUUCCUUGAACAGCAAGGAGCUAGAUAAUGAAUCUUAAAAAUAAGGGCAAAAUGGAUAUGCUUAUUAUAAUCCAAAAUGCAUAUUGAAAAACCAAACAGAAUAAUAGUAAUAUAGAGUGAUUCAUUAAUUUAUUAGAAAUGGAGUAAAAGAUUCUCCAGAUCAAGAGAAACCUUAAUUUAACAAUUGGUGGUCCAGGAAAGAAGCAACUAUUCACGAUUUUCAAGGUGACGUGUCUCCGUUCAGAAUUCAUAAGCUUAGCAAAGAUCACACUAAAAUGUAGCAUGCAUUGAUUUUGAAAUUUAGUCAGUCUAGGAGAAUGUCAGAUUCGAAGUCUCCUCAAGGUAGCGAACACCAAUAAUUACAAAUAUAAUAAAAAUUUAACUUCAAGCAACCACCUAAGCAAUCUAGCUUUAAAAUUAAAUAUGCUCCCAGCCCUCAAAAUGGAGGCAAAAAAUUUGACUAGUAAAUCUAAUAUAGUUUUGCUGAUCCAACACCUGAUUAAUAAUAGAACUAAUUUAAAGAGUAGUAGAAUCAUGACCUACCUACAAAAUAGCUUGGCGAAUUAGAAGAAUCUAAAUAAUAAAAAGGAAUAGAUUAAGUGAAUAAUAGUUUCAUGGAAAGUAUGGAAUAGGUAUUAUUUUCUAAAAAUGAUUAUGAUUUAUAGAUGUAAUCGAACACAGAUGAACUGAUCGCCAUUGACGAAUUGCCUAAUAUGAGUGUCCACUAAAAUUACAUCAAACAAAUCAAUAAAUCAUUAAUUUCGUGA